CAUCCUUUUCGAUCUACAACAAAUGCAAUCGAAGUUGUCCAGGAGCCUGACGAGCAAUUAAUAAUAUUCAUUACAAGUGCACCCUUUCAAACUGAAAGAAGACUAUCCAUACGACAAACAUGGCUGUCUCUCUUGGUUAAUAACACCAUUGCGCGAGGACGAUCAUCCAUACGAACAAUGAAAAACCCAUCUAACUCAUCUAAUAACUUGGUUAUCCACUACUGGUUUGUUUGCGGACGUGACACAAAACAGGAGGUUGAAUCCGCCGUGGAGGAUGAAAGCGCCGUUUACGGCGACAUCUUAAGGCUGGAGUACACCGAAACAUAUUCACUGCUUGUCUUUAAGACUAUGAGCUCUUUGUGGCUUGCUUCUACCAUGGACAUUCAGUUCAUCGUCAAAGUGGACGAUGACGUAUAUUUGCACGUUCCUAAGAUGAUUUGGUGGCUGAAAACGUCUUCUUUACCUGAGAAGCUAUAUGCUGGCUCUGUGGAAUAUGGGGCAAAUAUUAAUAGAAAUCCAAAGCAUAAAUGGUUCGUUAGUGAACAAUUUCUGAACGACUCUUGGUUCCCUCCAUACUGUAACGGGCCCUUUUAUAUUUUAUCUAAAAGCGCUCUUCUCGAAUUACUUAAGGUUUCCUCAAAUGAAGGCCUGACACCUUUUCCUUUAGAAGACGCCUAUAUAGGAAUAUUGGCAAAAAGAGUUGGAAUCGCGCCCUUACAGCUUAAGCGAAAACGUGUCCUCAUUACCUGGCCAUGGGUGGUAAUUGGCUUGGAAGAUAAAAAACUUAACGAUUUCUUUGCAUUGGGACAUGGCUUGUCCAUUGAACGAAUGUUCAAACUUCACGAAAGAUUCAUUAAUUUGACGUUUAUUUAA